AUGUGCCAGCAGUCACCCAAGUACCCGUGUGCGGCUGGCAAGCAGUACUUUGGUCGUGGCCCGAUCCAGUUGUCGUGGAACUACAACUACAAGGACUUUGGCAAGGCCGUCAACUUGGACUUGGUCGCGAGCCCUGAGCUGGUCGCCACAGAUUUCGACUUGGUGUGGUGGAGUGCGUUGUGGUACUGGAACGAUGAAAGGUGGAACGGCAACAUCCACAAGGUGGUGGGUCUCCCCGGUGGCUUUGCCAAGGCCACUCACAUCAUCAACGGUGGCUUGGAAUGCGGUGUGAACCCUCCCAACCGUGACUCGGAAAAGAGCCGCAUUGCCAGUUUCAAGAAGUUCUGCGAGCUCUUGGGGGUGGCUCCCGGGGACAACUUGUCGUGCCAAACCGCUGAUUUCCGCCCCAAGGCGCUUUAG